AAUGGAAGCUCGCUGGUCAUCCCCAUCACCAUUGCUCCUCGCAGAGAUCUCCAAGUUCAGGUCAGCUCAGAUAGCUGACAGGCUCAAGGUCUCUGCAACGGCAAGCUAACUACGUUAAGAGCUGCAGUGGCAGUGUUGGAAGCUGCUAGCGUUGAUCGAGCCUGUUGCCGUCGUCGAGAUCGAUCCAGCGACCCUCGGUUUGGUAGCAAGUGUAAGCAUGAUGAAGCCGUGGCUCGCGCUGGCAUGGGCGGCCGUGCUGGCGUCGGCGGCGCGCGCGUCCCCGCCCCUGCAGGUCGGGUUCUACGAGCACUCGUGCCCGCAGGCCGAGGACGUGGUGCGCAACGCCGUCCGCCGCGCCGUCGCCAGGGACCCCGGCCUCGCCGCGGGCCUCAUCCGGAUGCACUUCCACGACUGCUUCGUCAGGGGCUGCGACGCGUCCAUCCUGCUCGCGUCGACGCCCGGCCACGCCGCGGAGAGGGACUCGCCGGCCAACAGCCCGAGCCUGCGCGGGUUCGAGGUCAUCGAGGAGGCCAAGGCCAUCGUGGAGGCGCACUGCCCGCGCACCGUGUCCUGUGCCGACGUCCUCGCCUUCGCGGCGCGCGACGGGGCGGCGCUCGCCGGCGGGAUCGACUACCGCGUCCCCUCCGGCCGCCGCGACGGCCGCCUGUCCGUCGAGGACGAGGUCCUCCAGGACGGCAACCUGCCGUUCCCGACCUUCACCGUCGGGGAGCUCGUCGAGAACUUCAGGCGCAAGGGGCUCUCCGCCGACGACAUGGUCACGCUCUCCGGCGCGCACAGCAUCGGCCGCUCCCACUGCUCGUCGGUCGCGGAACGGCUGUACAACUUCGAGGGCGAGCCGGGGCGAACGGACCCGGCACUCGACCCGGCCUACGCGGCGGACCUGAAGCGGCGGUGCCCGCCAUCGACGGGCAACAUGGACGACCGCACAGCGCUGGCCCUGGACCCGGUGACGCCGGACGGCCUCGACAACCAGUACUUCAAGAACGUGCUCGCGCACAAGGUGCCCUUCACCUCCGACCAGACGCUGCUCGACAGCCCCUGGACCGCUGGGCUUGUCGCGUUCCAUGCCGCCGUCGGGCCGGCGUGGGAGGCCAAGUUCGCCGCGGCGAUGAUCAAGAUGGGCGCCAUCGAGGUGCUCACCGGCGACGAGGGCGAGAUCAGGGAGAAGUGCUCCGUGGUCAACCACUACUAGCUGACUCUGCUCCUGGGUCAAAAUACAGUUUUACGACAAGGAUUUAGCCGGUGGCUGUUACUGUUAGCACAAUUUCAUAUUUGAGCCUGGACUAAGAAUCGCAGGGUGUGGGUGAGAAAUUUGGUGGAAGGUCCGUCCUCAAGGCGAAGCCAAUCAUAAACUGGUUUUGAACCAAAUGUUGUUAAAGGCCCAUUCAAAUGCGGCCAAUUUCUUGUGAUUUUUUUGUGUAUUCGUUAGAAAAGGUUUAUCUUUGAAUUUUCUCUUCUGAAGAAGUUUCUUUCCACUUCCUAUGUAUGGAUGCAAAUUGCACAGUGCAUGUUCAUUCCAUCAUCUCUUCA